AUAUAUAUAUAUAGGCAACACGCCAUGUGCCAUACGCUUUUGUUAGAAUUCCGAAAUUGUUCCAAAUUAGAGUAAGAUAAGUAUUCUUUGCAGAUUAUUUUUGUUUUAGAAUGAAUUGAAAAUAAGUAAGUACUUGCAGUAAAUGAAAAGCGUGUAAUUUGCUUUUUAUAUUCGUGAAAAGAUGUUCGCUGAAAGACUGUCAAGAUUGAUAAACUGCAAGGAAUGGAAUGUACUUCGAAAGUUGGAUUCAGCAGUCAGAUGCAAUUCGCAUUACAGUAGGCAAGACAAUGCGUUUUGUAAAUUCUUGUACAAAAAACAAAUUCUGCUUAACAAUAAUUGUUUAAAACAAUGGCAUACCACUACUGCCAACAUCACUUACCUACCUCAGGAAAAUAUUUAUGCUCGCAGCAUUCUAGACAGUUCAGAGGCUUACUCUCAUUGUUUUGCUACACCUCUUCCAUCUAAAAAAGAGCUUACAGAUCUGAAGCUUGAUAAAGUAAACAGUUUGAUGGAAAAAUCAUGGAUCAGCAUGAAAAAUGAAGAAAUUUUGAAAAACUUUGAACUUCUUACUUAUUACGCCAGUCAAAAUUCGGAAUCCUUAAAAUUGCCUAAAUACUCUGGAAUUGUAGAAGUAAUAACAAAUAGGCUUUCGAGUUUCAGUGAUCAAGAACUGCAGCAUCUGUUGAAAUGCUUAGGGUUGUGGGACAAAAGACCAAGCGAUCCUGCUUUGAGAAAUUUUUGGCAAGCAUUGGAUGCUGAAUGUGUAAGGCGACUGGCUAAUUGGUCAAUAGAUGAGAUUUUUUUGAUGAAUGAUCUUUGGUUUAAAUCAAGGUGUCCUAGAUUUUCAAAUUUUAUUACUAAGAGUUUGACACAAGUCAAUACUUAUAAAAUGACACCGACAAAUCUCGUGCAAUAUGCCUAUCUUUUGAAAAUUAAUAACAAAGUAUUGCUAGAUUUAUCAAGUUUUGAGCACAAUGUAGAAAAGUGUAUUCAUCAGUUAUCAAUAGAAGAAUUAGGUGUAAUUUCUAUGGCAUUUUUUAAAUAUGAAGCUAUAAUUAAAAGUAAAUAUUUAUUAAUAACAUUGAUGCAAAAGCUUCAACAGAACCUUCAUACUGUUAGUGAUAUUUCUUUAUCAGCAAUUUUGAAGAUAUUGAGGAACAGCAUUGAUUUACAAAUAGUUGAACAGUUUGAUAUUUUACAACAGGCAUUAGUAUCACGAAUACCACAAUGUACAUUAUUAAGUUUAACACACAUAGCUCAUAUGCAAGCUAGAACCUUGAUAUAUAAUGAUGAAUUGACAUCUCUUAUACUUAAAAGAUAUAAGCAGGAAAUAAAAGAAGCAAGACUAAAAGACAUUGAAAGGAUUCUCUUUACACUGUAUAUAUUUAAUUAUAAUCCUAAAACAACUAAUUUUUAUGUUGCUGCUCAAAAUGAACUCUCAAGACCUGAAAGGGCAGAUGAAAUAAACCAAUUUCCCAAGUCGUUAAUUUACAGUGUUCUAUACAUGCUUCAAGUUAAUUAUUAUCCAGAAAAUCUCUUGAAAUUUGUAAUGGAACCAAGAUUUUUAAACAAAUUGUGUGAUAACAAUAUUCACAAAUUGGAUCGUGAAUAUUUAGUUUUAGACUAUUGCAUAGAAUUAGAGCAUCCUGAAUACGUUGGUCCAAGACUAAGAAAAGACAUAAAUCAUUUUCUUCUUAAGCGUUUUGGGUCGCUUAGAAAAACGCCAAUGUCGGAAAACCAAAGAGUCAACCAAUAUAGCAAAAUCAUGACUGAUGUGGUUCAUAUAUGCAGGAAUCUCUUAGGCUCGGAAUCGGCUGUUCAUGUAGAUACUUUACUUCCACAUUUCAGCAGAACUGAUGUCAUCCUUUGUUACGACCCAUUGACAAAAACAUUUGUAUCAGCGCGUGAUGAACUGUCGAAAAUUCCAGUUGGAUCAAUUAAGUGUGCACCAAAAGAUGGCAAAAAAUGGUAUGUCUUUGUGAUUGGAGUACACAACACCAUGACUAGAAAUACUCUAGAGCCCACCGGAAUUCUUAUGGUACAAUUGAGACAUUUAAAGAAAAUUGGUUACAUACCUAUACUGAUACCCUACCUUCAGUGGCAAAGUCUUGGAAGUGAGAGGUUGAAAAGCCAGUUUAUCAAACAAAUUCUGUCUCAAUGAUUCUCUUUUUUGGGAUAAUGUAAUAUAUUAAAAAUUGCAUCACUUUAAAAGCGAGAAAUAUAUUAUAUCGUUAUAAUUCAGUGACGAAUUGUAGAACAUGUAUAGAAUUUGAAAUUGUUGAAAAAAAAAUUUGAACAUUUGUACUGUACAUAUUUAAUGUUUACAUAUAUUUUAACUUUUAUACAUUUGAAUAAAUGUAUAUCAUAUUUUUGAUUGAAUUCA